ACCACGCACGCACGCGCCGGUGUCUCACGCGCACAAACCCGUCCACCAGCCGCCUAUCAGCACGUUUGGCGCGUCCGAAUUUCAUCGCAGUCGCCGGCCGAAACCGCUACGCCCGAAUUCGACUCAGUAUCGCGCGUGGACUUCCCCUCGCCACUUCCGGUCGAUGCGAUUCCCGGAUUCCCAGUAGCUACAUAGUAAUAAGUGAUAUUGCGUCUACUAUCAAUAACCGUUGGCCACGGGCGCCGCCGACCCGGCAAUGAUGAUUUCGUUGCUGUCGUCGACCACGACGGCUCCGGCCACACCGACGGCCAGCGCCACCGCGGGUACGGGCACGUCGGCGCUGACGGUGACGGCACUGACGGUGACGUGCGCAGUGCUCGCACUGAUUUUGGUGCUCAUGUGCACGUUCGAUGUGCCAUAUUUCUUACGGUCGCUGUUCAGCUAUGUGACGGCCACGUGCAUCAAGAAGAAGSUCCGGGUCACGGACACUGCCGUAUACUCGUCCGUGUGCCUGACCACUGACCUGGACGUGUACCUGUCACACAUGAACAACGCCCGGUACCUGCGCGAGAUCGACCUGGCUCGCAUCGAGUUCCUGCUGCGCACCGGUUUGUGGCAAGAGCUCCGGCGCCGCGGCGGCCUCAUAUUCACCAUAUCCAACAGCGUCCGGUACCGCAAGUUCGUGCGGACGUUCAGCCGGUACGAGAUCCGUACCAGGAUCGUGUACUGGGACGACAUGUCCAUAUUCUUCGAGUUCCGGUUCGUGUCCAAGUCGGACGAGUUCAUCCGGGCCAUCGUGUACAACCGGCAGCGGGUGGUCGACUGCAGCGCGGACGAGCUGAUGCGCACGGUUAUCGCUGGCGGAGCGUCGGCAGCCACCAAGACCGCGGACGCCGACGUCGCGUACCGGCGGCCAGAGUGCCCAAUCGAGAUACACCACUGGAUACAGUCCAACCUCAUGUCGAGCGCCAACCUCAAGGCCGAGAUGGGCGACGGUGACCCGCUGUAGUGCGUGCGAACGUCCGAUGUGGCUGUUGUCCGGUAUUUUGUGCGGAGUAAUACGCACAAAUCAAAAUACCUAUACCACUUUAGGGCGAAAAUUCACUUGGCGUUUUGGGCGCACACACAUUAUUUCCMUACAUAUUAUCCCUARCACGUUUGGGCGCAUAUAAUUUGUCCGAUUCUGUUGCGCAGCGUUACGACUAGGGAAACGCGCCGUUACGUCUGCAGUCUAUCAACAAUUUUAUGUUUGAACUUGGUGUCUUUUAUCAGUGCCUAUUAUAGAAUUUAUUAUAAUACCUACUGUUAUUUCUAGUAAUAGYGAGUUCUGAAGAUAGGUGAUAUUUUUGACAUUUUGUUUUGAUUCAAUAAUUUACACUUUUUUCCGUCCGAAUUUAUUGUUUUCUCCAACGUAUUUUUUCAAUUUAAUAAUCAAUGUGACAUAUUUUUGUAUUGACUUUUUAAUAUUAUUACCCUUCAGUAUCAUUCGUAAUGUUGUAUUUUUUUUUUUGCACCCAAAUGAGUGUCUCAUUUUACGCCGUAGGUAAUCGUGUUUUAAUAAUGGAUGAUGCACCCCAACGUGGUGUACUUCAGCUGCAACUGCAUUCAACGAUGCACUCUGUAAUGGAUUUCGUUUAUACAGCGAGAUUAUUUAUUUGUUAUUACACCACUUUGGUAUAGUGCAGUCGAUUAAUUUUUUUUUUUAAGAAUCAUAAAUUUGUUAUAGAUUUUAAACAGAAAAAAUAAUUAUGAGGAUAGGGACAGUAUUAUAAGGUAUUUAGUGAUAAUAUUAUUAUUAUUAUUACUAUAUUCGUCUUUACUUGGUACGUUCUAGUCUCGUUAUUACUGCCUUUAUUAAAGUAUAAUGUUAAUUAUUUUCAGGUAUGUCUGUAUAUAUAGGUUGUAAUAUUGUUGAUUAUAAAUACUAGUGUUUAAGUCGUAGUAGGUAAUGAUAAUAUUAUAGUUCACGACGCUCGUUUUACCGACUAUGUAUUUGAUACAUUUAACGUUAUCAUAGACAAUAAAUGUGCAAUUUUAUUUUUA